UUUACAUACACUCCCAGUAGGCCUUGGUCUUUGAGCUAGAACCACCCACCCAUGGCGCCAACCUCACUAACAACCUCUGUCGCAAUCUUCUUCCUCCUGCUUCUAGCCAUACCAAUAUGUCUAGAAGCGAAACCACUCAAACUCAAACAAACCCAGGUAGUUUUCUACAUGCACGACUGGGAAACAGGGGCAAACGUCACCGCCAUCCCGAUUGCUGGCCUCCCCAAGAAGCCAUGGGCGGUUGGUACAUUCGCUACCAUCAUUGCUAUUGAUGAUGCGUUAACUGAAACAAUUGAUCGCAAUUCAGCACAAAUAGGGCGCGCCCAGGGCAUCUAUGUGAACUCAGCUCUGGACGGCUCUGACUUACACUUCUUGAUGUCAGUGGUGUUCACCAACAAGCAGUACAACGGUAGCAGCCUUGAGAUUCAAGGUGCUAAUAGGUUUUUCAAUAAGUAUAGAGAGGUUUCGGUGGUGUCUGGAACUGGGAUGUUCCGGUUAGCCCGGGGUUAUGCCAUCUUGGAGACUGUUUACUUAGACCUACCAGUUUCCAACGCCAUCAUUCGUUGGAAUGUUACGGUUCUUCAUUAUUGAAUUAUAUGGAGUCAGGCAUCUUGAUAUGUGCCUUUGUUUGUUGUGAGGACAACGGUAAAUAAACUUGAGCGUGAUUGAAUAAAGAUAGUAUUCUCUGUUUGAGCAUUGUCA